AUGACCUUCACUUCGAAAGCCGCCGAGCUUCCGCUCGUAAGACUACCAGAACCGUAUCGAACAAAAUAUGAAAUCUGGCAGAGUCCAUCUCGUUCGAACGGGCGGAUAUUCCAACUUCGACUGUCAAGCGAGCAGGAUAGCAGCACAAGCCAACCCCCAGAACCGCUUCACAAUGAUACACUCCUCUUCAGCGAGCUAAUAUCAAGCCCCCAAUCCCGCCUACCAGCCGCGUCCGAUAACACUGACUGGGCUCGUGCCUGCAGAUGUUUGGUGUCCUUCAUUACGUGGGACGGAGAGAUUGCUCCCACCGUGGGCCAAAUUUGGAUCAUAGUAUACGCGAUUCUGUCAGUAUGGCCUGCCGAGGAGUAUUUCCGAUUAAGUCUUUCGGGUGCGCAAAACGAUCAGCUGCGGGAGGAAAUAUCUGCCACAGGCCUUGGAAGACGUUUUCCAGAACGUGCCGGAUCGGAGAAAGUUGAGGAUGUGAUCAUAUCGAGGGCAGCUUUCUGGCAAGGAGCUGCAUCGCCAUUCGGAAACCGUCCUGCCUGGGUGGCACAACGACAAGGAACGGAUAGUUCCAGGUUCCAGGCUACAGAUUAUCCAGCUUUCCCGCUACAGUACACCAUUACGACGGAGUUCUCUAACCGUCCCGUACAUGUGCAGCAUCCCGUUCGGCCAGCAAAACCUGCCCGCGGAGCAACCAUAUACAGUCGCUAUAUCCCACAUUUGGACGAGUUUUUCUCCAUGGUGCAUCUUGACUACCAGGAUGAAACCCAUCUCGCUCUAUUCCAUAAGUGGCAAAACGAUCCAAGGGUUGCAGUAAAUUGGAACGAAACCGGAACAUUGGAGGAGCACCGAGAAUAUCUGCGAAAAAUCGACCUAGAUCCUCAUCAGAUGGCGGUCCUCGCUAAGUUUGAUGAUAACUAUUUUGCUUACUUUGAAAUAUACUGGGCCAAGACUCUAGACCACUUUCCGAAUAUCACUGACAACCGGGGUUCGCAGGAGGACCACAUGGGAACGUAUUACCCUGCUCUUGACUGGGAUCGGGGUCGCCAUUCGUUAGUAGGGGAUGCAAAGUUUCGAGGUCCUCAUCGGGCGAUGGCUUGGUGGACAAGCUUGAUCCAUUACAUAUUCCUCGAUGAGCCGCGAACGACAUGCGUCGUGGGAGAGCCUAAGGCCACGAAUGAGCCAGUGUUGGGAUACGAUGCUGCUCAUGGAUUCCAUAUCUAUAAGUGGGGUGAUCUGCCGCACAAGAGGUCAGCAAUGGUUAGGUGUGAACGCAUACGGUUCUUCGAAAUCGUCAAUUUUGGAAGUGUAACAAGCAGCGGAACUGCAAAGUCCACCAAGCCCAAGCUGUAG